AUGAACGUUCUGUACGGCAUACUGGUGGUGCUGAUGGGCCUCCUCGCCUACAGCGAAGCGCAGAGCGCGAAGUCCCUCUUCGGCUACCGCCCUCACGGUCCCCCCGGACUGGCCAGCCUCCGCAACUUCGCCCGGCUCCACCACGGCCAGCAUCACGGUCCCCGGAGGAAGGGGAUCAUCCCUUGAGGAGGCGCUCAUCCGCUUGGGGGUCCGGCGGAUCGCCUUCGACGCUCUCCGAUGGAAUUCAUUCGGGCGAAUUCACUUCAUGCUCCGAUAAUUGCUUUUUUCUAGUGCUUCCUGCAACAGUAGUUUGAAGCUGUCAUUUCAGUUUUAAAUCCGUAUACAAUGUUACUUCACAUUGUUUCGUCGAUGUUCAUGGUUAACAGCAUUUAUUCCUUUUUAUCUGGAUGCAUGUUAUUCCCUUGAUUCGUUUCAUCUAAGGUAAUUCACCGAUCGUGACUGGAGUGACUGACGGUAAUUCUAACCGUGUUCUACAUAUAAUAAAAACCUGACACUAAGUACAC